CAACUUUUUUUUCCUCUUGACUUUUUUAGCUGCCUCACCCCUUUUAUUUGAACACAUACAUAUGGUGUGUGAGAGUGAGCAAGCUCUCUGUAAAUGUUUGGAAGGAGCAUCUGUCAGACAAUAAAACUUACAAGAAAACAUGCUUCUCAUUUAAAGUGUAUUCACUAGAACUAUUCCAGCAUUGGAAUCAGUUCAUUUGUAUAGCUUAGAGGCAUUAAUAAGAACAGAGAACUGUAAAGUCACCAGAAAACCCGAACUAUUAGUAAGAAUCCAAGGUAUUUUUUUAAAAGCAUUUCGUCUAUUCGGCAUUACAAGCUUCUGAUAGGAACCUGAACCAGCUGACACACAGGAAACCUCUGAUAGUCCAUCCAAAAAGAUUGCAAGUAAGAAGAUGGCAUGCUUUUUGCAAACCUGGAAAGUCUAAAGAUUACAAUAAUUGUUGGACCAAAGGGACCCUCUUCAGGCAUAAAUAGCAAGACUCCUACUGUCUUCUCUUGCAGACCAACUCAGCUGCCAGCAAAAGCAGGUGCUCUCCCCCUACCAGUGCUCCAGAGGAAAUAUUUAGGAAUGGAAAACUUGAUGUUUGUCUACUGCUCCAGCAAAAUUAUCUGGACAUUGCUUGUAACAAUUCUAGGUUAUGCCAGCAGCCUGCCUGUGCGUGAUGAUUCUAUUUGCACAGCAGAGGAACUUGCAAAGUACAGCAUAAUCUUCACAGGGAAAUGGAGCCAGACUGCUUUCCCUAAGCAGUAUCCACUUUAUAGGCCCCCAGCACAGUGGUCAUCAAUGCUAGGUGUUACUCAUAGUUCUGACUACAGCAUGUGGAAAAAAAAUGAAUAUGCCAGCAAUGGUGUACGUGAUUUUGCUGAAAAGGGUGAAGCAUGGGUAUUAAUGAAAGAAAUAGAAGAAGCUGGAGAGAAAAUUCAGAGUGUACAUGGAAUCUUCUCUGCUCCUGCCAUUUCCAGUGGUACAGGACAAACUUCCACUGAAUUAGAAGUGCGUUCAAGACAUCCCUUAGUUUCAUUCGUUGUACGAAUUGUGCCAAGCCCCGACUGGUUCGUGGGUAUUGACAGCCUAAAUCUCUGUGAAGGAGACCACUGGGUGGAAGAAGUAUCAGUAGAUCUAUUUCCAUAUGAUGCUGGAACAGACAGUGGUUUCACAUUUUCCUCCCCAAAUUUUGCCACUAUUCCACAGGAUACAGUUACAGAGAUCACUUGUUCCUCCCCAAGUCACCCAGCAAAUUCAUUUUAUUAUCCCAAACUCAAAAUUUUGCCGCCUAUUGCUCAAGUAACAAUGGUGAAAUUAAAGAAAAACCAGCUGGGUCUUCCUAUACCUCAUCUUAAUCAGCCAGCUAAAAGUAAUGAAAUAUUAGACACCAUCUCAGAAACACCACUGGACUGUGAGGUUUCCCAAUGGUCUUCCUGGGGUCUCUGUAGAGGUCCUUGCAGAAAACCAGGGACCAAGAUCAGAACUCGUUUUGUACUUCUUCACCCUGCCAAUAAUGGGACUCCUUGUCCAAAUCUGGAUGAAGAAACAGGAUGCGAACCAGAUAAUUGUGUCUGAAAUAAAUAAAAGAUAACAAUUUAGAUAAUUUAAAAGUAGGAUAAGUUUAACUAAAUCUAAAAUACAUGUCAUUCAAUGUUCCUUAUAAUUCAGGUAUGCUGCACUAUUUUGCGGAAAAGAUAUUAGACUGGUUUUGAAAGUUGUUGUUUAAUAUCAAGUUUCUUUGGGGGUUAAAUUUUUAAGGUUUAGUAUGACAACAGUUCUUGACCAUUUACAGACCAGAAAACCCAAAUAAAUCUUUGUUAUAAAUAUACUGUAAGUUCUUGGAGUACCCUCUAGUGGCAGAAAAGAAGACAUUUGGAAAGAUUACGCUUCAUACAUGUAAAAAUCUUUCUAUCACAAAAUCUAAACUGGUAACAUUCUUAAAUGAUGUAAUUUGUUGAUUUACAACUAUUUAUACCUAGAAAUUAAUUUUUUUUCUCUAAAUUAUGUUUAUUAUAAUUUAUUGGCAUUUUUGUCGUCUUUCUAAACAUGUUUUACUUGCCUUUCUUCAGAAACUAUUUACAUAAAUCAGAGUGACCAGAUGUUUGCAGUAUGGCUAAAUGAAUAAUAUGACUGAGUAAACUUGUCUUGAGACUUAUGAAUACAUGAAAAUGUCUUUUUUUUUCUCCUCUCAAACAUGAGAAGAAUACAUAUCAUGAGGACACUUAACAAUAAAAUUAUUAAAAAAAUCCCAGAAGUUUGGAUACUAGUACAAAAGUCCUGAACUUAAUUAAAAAUGUUAACUGAGAUUUAAGACCUGACUGAUAGUUGGUGAGCGUCGCCCAUGAGAGAGUUGUCUGAAAAAUAACUGUUAAAAAGUUAUCACUGUUGACCAUAACAUAAAUUAUAUAAUUCUCUUUAUAUGUGCAGUAAAUGUCUUCAUGUUCCUUUAAA